AUGCUACCGGUGAGAGUGACGGAGAAGCAUGGGGAAACAGGUUUCUCAUGUUUGGUGAUAGGUGAGAUGUUCUUGGCUGGUCGCUCGGAUUCCGAUUACUUAGCGGCUUCGGACUUCGUGGAUAACGAGCGGAUGUUGGUCAUGUCGUUGCGACCGCCGGAGCAGCGGCGGGCUAUGGAGCCCAAGUUGGAGAUGUCCGAGUUGGGGAUUUCGAGUUUAAGGCUGGGGAUGCUGGAACUGGCGAACGGCGUGGGUCACAGUGUGUUUCAUCGUCGUGGCCACGCGAAUUUCCAUAGUGUGGUCGGCCAUGUAGUUAACUUGGUUGAGUCUUCUAUAAAGUCGGUGAUGGACGGUACAAGGUUCGUGGGUCCGGAGAGUAAAACAUUCUCGCUGCUCAUGUCGAAGCAAUUACGUGUUUUCCGUAUGCGCGUGUCUCAGAUCAACCACGGUUCUGAAAGGGUCGGGCGGGGCAUAGACAAUCCUACGCCCCCAAUGGUCAAGGCAGGGAGUACCGCUGAUGACGGACUUCGAGAACUAGGACAAGUUCAGGAGCCAUUUGCGCGAUCGACCAAAUCACUGCCGAAAAAAUUCAAGUCUAGCGUUCUACCGCUGCAGUUGUCUCUGCACAGACCCGAGUACAGACCCGUACAGCCCGCAACUAUAUAUAAGAUACUUAAUAGUAAGAUCAUCCCACGAUUUGCCGACGAUUCAUACGAUGUUCGGCUUGAGAAGGAGUUUCUUAACAACAUAAGGAAAUUGGUAGAUGAUAUGGAUUUGGCCCGAAGUAUGUUCUCUACCGAGAAUCAGUCGGAUCAGUCGGGUCAGAAAUUAUUCGAAGGUGGUGCUAAGUACAAGAAUUUUCUAAAUUCAGAGAUCGCUAAGACCCUCCGACUGAAAGAAAAGCAUGAGGAUUCCAUCCAGAAUAAUAUGCAUAAGUCAUGGGCAACUUUGGGCGGUGCAUUUGCUAGCACUAAUGCUUUCGGUGGUUUGUUCGAAUUAUUCGGUAUCCAAAAUUUGGUGGCGCCGCAGGUUGAGAGUGCGAAACUUUAUCUAAGCCUAAGCGCAUUGCUGUCCGUGUUAACAAAGCCGGCAAAAUACACGGAUCUGAUGCUGUCACAAAACUCAUCAGACAGAGUUCGAAGCCCUAUAGAUCCCACCGGUCAGUUAAUCACACCAUUUAAAUAUUUCUGUGAUCAUGUUUUGCAGCGCAUGAUGGAUAAUAUCAGAUCUACCAAAUAUCAAGGCAAACACCUUAUAGAACUCCUCUUAUCAAUUCCAUACCAAUUUGAAGUCGAUUGCACCAAACUACAACAAGCUUACAACGAUGCAAAUUGGAGAUCUAAACAAGACUACACAUUCAAGAAACCAACGGAAGACGAAAUUGUAUCCUGGACACUUCAUAAAGGCAAGCUCCGUAAAUACAUGGCACAACAGUUGGAAACAGACAGAGGAGCCAUCGCUAAGAGAGAACGAGCGCUCAAAUAA